UUAUCUUCUGCACCACAUGUUAAGACUGGAUCUUUGAUAGGAAGAACAUCAGCUGCUUUACAAAGAACAGCAUGGACCUUUUUAAGGAAACUAGGUGUACAAUUGCAAACACCAACACCAUGCAUACUGCCAGAAGCCUUAAUGAAAUUGGUUAACAGUGAAAUCAACUGGCAUAUAGCUGUUAGCAGUGAAGGAAGAUUUGUAGCUGUACUUCAAGAGAACUGUGUUGAAAUUAGAUCUCACCGAGAUUUCUAUGAUGUAGUGGGGAAAGGGACUUUACCUCUUGAUCCUAACCCUCAGUGGAGAUGUUUAGCUUGGAGUCCAGAUGAUUCUAUGUUAGCUUGUUCUCGAAGUAAUGGUACUGUAGAUGUAUUUGAUAUUGUCGGAACUCAUCUCUUUACCAUAGAUGGCGUUUUAGCUGAUUCUGAGACAGCUAAUUUGGAUCACAGUAGUUCUGUUGUAGCCAUUGUUUUUACCACACAUACACAUUAUGAAAACGGACAAAGUGAGUUACUUGUUAUCAACUAUCAUGGUAGUUUAAAGAGUUAUCUCUGUGAUAGAGAUAAUGGUUUUACGUUACAGCACUCGUUCGUCUUUUCUCAAUAUUAUCCACUUGGAGUUAGUUCUGUGAUAUAUCAUCCUAAACAUAAGCUACUACUAGUUGGUGGACUGGGAGUGUCAGAACGUGAAACAUCAUCUAAAGCUACACAAGAAGGAAUUACAGCAUGGAGAAUAUUAUCUGAUACACCACAUUAUAAACUAGUAACAGAUUAUAGUGAAGAUAUUUAUCAGCUAGAGAAGAGUAGUACUAUGUGGAAGAAAUUACGAGUUUAUUCUAUUUAUAACUUUUCAAGUGAAACCCAGGAUGGUAUAUAUAAAAUGUGCUUGUCUCCAGAUGGAAAUAUUAUAGCUGUUAUCCAUUAUUCUGGAAAACUGUCAUUAUGGGAUGCACCAUCACUACGACUACGCAAAUCUUGGCUACAUAAUGAACAGCCAUUUCUAGAUGAAGUGAACACUAAAGAAGAAACUAUAAAUAGACAGAAAAGAAAGGUCAUGAAAGAACUGGUUCCUCAUAAACAGCUUCUUGAUCUGAACUUUUGGUCCAAUAAGGCUCUGAUUUUAUCGCGCUGUACCGGAGCUUUAACUAUAUCAUCUAUAGAGACUUUAUAUAAUCUGCUCGGACCAUCACCAGAAUGGUUCUCACCGUCUCUUAGACUUUCACAAACUCUGGAAGGUGAAUUCCUGGGAUUAGAGUGUGACUAUAAAUUACCAGAAAGAAGUAUUUUAGAUACAUCAGAUGAUUUUGAAGAUAGUGAUGAAGAGGAUAUUACAGCUGUUACCAAGGCAACCAGAUAUACAAAACAAGUUUUACAUUAUUUAACAGAUAGUGAAAGAUUCCGUCCACCACGAAAGAAGCCCAUUCAUGUGACAAAAUCAUAUAAACUGAUCUCACUGAGGUCUACUACACCAGAAGAACUGUAUGCAAGAAAGAUAGAUAAUGAAGAGUAUGGUGAAGCGUUGGUUUUAGCCAAGGCAUAUGGUUUAGAUUGUGAUCUAGUUUAUCAGAGAAGAUGGAGAAAAUCACCAGUCUCUGUAGCUUCUAUACAAGAUUAUCUGAGUAAAAUUAGUAAAAGAUCCUGGGUAUUACAUGAAUGUUUAGAAAGAGUACCAGAUAAUAUUGAUGCUAUGAGAGAAUUAUUAAAUUAUGGUUUAUGUGGAACUGAUUUGCCAGCUUUAAUAGCUAUAGGUCAAGGUCAAGAUGGUGGAAGGUUUAUUUUAUGUGAUCCAGAAGAAGGUUUAUAUGAAGAUAUGUCGUAUGAUGACAUAUAG